AUGAAUGUAGCAUUACAUGCUAAAUCCAAUAUCCCUCCAUACUGCUUAAGAUUCUUGGAUUCGGAGGAAAGCUGGGAACUUCUAUGUCAUAAGGUGUUUGGAAGUAAACAUGACCAUCUGGAAUUAGAGGAUAUUGGGAAAAAGAUUGCAGAACAAUGCCAAGGACUACCUCUAACGAUUCUCGUUAUUGCUGGCCAGCUAUCUAAGAUAGAAAGGACUAGGAUAUGUUGGAAGAGUUUUGCAAAAACUGUUGGUUCAAUUGUUACCGAUGAGCACGAGAAAUGCUUAGAUAUACGUGCUUUGAGUUACAGAAACUUGCCAUAUCACUUGAAAGCUUGCUUCAUUUAUAUAAAGGUAAAGAACUUGGAAAAGUAUGCAGAAGAAUGUUUGGAAGAUCUUGUGAACCGUAAUCUCGUUAUUGUCAAAGAGAGGAAAUCCAAUGGUCGAAUCAAAAGUUGUGCUGUCCAUGAUCUUCUGCAAGACUUAGGCUUGAGAGAGGCUCAAAAGGAGAAUUUCUGUUGUUUCCCUGCCUCAGAUGAUACUUUGCAUUGUGGUCGUCGUCUCAAUUACCUUGAUGCUGCCUCUAUUGAAGUUCCGUGGAAGCCAUUGCUUCCCCUCUCCCGAACUCUGCUCCUUUCCUAUCACUCGAGAGCUCUGAAGGGUUUUAGUCCACAGAUGUAUGGUCCUUUACUAUAUAAACUGUUGAGAGUAUUGCACAUACUAAAUAUCACCUUCGAUUGUUUUCCGCCUCAAGUUUUGCAGCUUGUUCAUUUAAGGUAUCUUGCGCUAGCAGUUUAUGAACCCGAUUGCCCUGAAUUGAUUUCAAGGCUGUGGAACUUACAGACCUUCAUUUUGAAUACAAGUCAUACCGUGAAUCUGCCUGAAACUGUAUGGGAAAUGGAAAGCUUAAGGCAUGUCUAUUUGGGUAAAGGAUGUUUUUUACCUAAUCCUGCGUCUGGCUUCAAUGGGAUUUCUAAGGUUUUAACGAAUCUACAAACAAUAACCUAUAUGGAUAUUGCUAGUUGUACAAGAGAAGUGGUCGUUAAUGUUCCAAAUCUCAAGAAAUUGUCAAUACAUGGACGCGGAGAAUGUAGUAGCAGUGAGCCAUCAUCAUCCUAUUACCUCAGUAAUCUUCGCUACUUGAAGCAGCUUGAAAAGUUGAAGCUUUGCUACCACAAGUUGUCAAGCAUGGAUUUUUUCCCGUCAAGUCUGAAGAAGUUGGUUCUGCAGAGGUGUUCUUCUCUCCCACGUGGAUUUACGAACACUCUUUCUAGCUUACCCAAUCUUGAGAUUCUUAAACUGAUGUGUGUAGAAUUCGAGCAACACACUUGGAAUCUGACUGAAGAAGUGUUCAGUAACUUGAAGUACCUAAAACUGGAUUCUCUCGAGCUUGUUGUAUGGGAUGCUAGCUCGGUAAACUUUCCAAACCUCGAACAUCUAGUGCUAGAACAUUGUUACUCUAUCGAGAAUAUGCCUCAUGAGAUAGAGAACAUCUAUACGUUACAAUGCAUUGAGGUACGUUCGUGUUGUGUGAUUGUGGAAAUGUUUGUUCAAAGAAUACAAGAGGAAGUGAAGAAUAUGGGGAAUGACAGCCUCAAUGUAUCUAUCCAGGAGAUGGGCAACAUCAAUCUUUCUGUUGAACAAUGUGUAUUCGAGUGGAAUAGAGUUCAACGAACUAAAAAACACGCAAGAAGAAAGAGGUAUUUCGUUAGCCAAAAUGCAGGAAGUAUCCCAGGUUUUGGGAGCUGGACAUGA